AUUUUUCAACCCUGCUUCUCGUCUCGUCUCGUCUUCCUCCGGUGGCCGUGACGCGCUUGCUGGGUGGGAGUCUGGAACGGUCCAGAGCUUAUCGUCCUCUUCCUUUUGAUUGAAGGGUGGGGGCGCUGCGCAGGGCGCGCGCACGGAGCGAGCGAGCGUGCGAAGCGGCGGGCGACGAGAGAUGCCGGGUGGCAGGAGGAGAGGCCCGCUGUGGCGCCUCCCAGCAGCGAGGUCGGGUGCGCUCGGCAAGCUGGGCCCCGCCUUCGGCAUCGGCGCCGGGUGCGGCGUGGGCGUGGGCGUGGGGCUCAUCGGUGCUGCAGGAACUGGAGCUGGAUUCCCUGGUUUACAGUUGGGAUUUGGAGCUGGUGCUGGAUGCGGAAUAGGAAUAGGUUUUGGUUACGGUUUUGGAAAAGGAAUUGCAUAUGAUGAAAAAGGGAGAUAUUCAAAUAUCAGGAGAUCAUUUCGGAACUCCAGAAUCCUUCCUGCCGAUGAAGAGUUUGAUAUCCUUUUUGACGAGUUGAUGGAGAGCACCAGGAAGCUGAUCAAAGCAACAUCAAAGGAGAUCGACAAGUGGAGGCGGAUGUAGAGCAAACAGCAUAGGAACUGCAUAUAUUCAGAACCAGAAGGUCUCAGAGGCACUGCACGUGCCUAUGUGGAACUGAAUGCUGAAUUGCUGUUACAGCGAAUAUUUUCGGAGAUUCAUGAGGUAUGCUACCCGACCGAUACUCUGGCCUGUUGGUGCUCAAAAAGGAUUAACUGUUCAGCCAUGUGCUGGGAUGCGACACCAUGUGAUUACGAGACGCCGUCUGGAAUUGAAAUAUAACGCACGACGUCGCCGUCGAUACUCUGUGCUCUUCUGGAGAGUGCUGUAUUUCAUAUUGAAAUAUCUCUCAGAACGUUGCGUCGAAUCUUGCGUAUUUAAUCAUGAGCCCAUAUGUUGACUGAAA